AUGGUUACCCGCGGGCCGUCGGAGUUGGACCUCAUCUUCCACCGGCGCAAGGUCGUGCAGAGCCUCAAUGCGCUCGAUGAGUUGAUGGCUGAGGCGAUCGAGAGGAGGAGGGCCGCGCCUGAGGGCGCGGUCCCAGUCACCCCGUCGCUGUUGCCGCCCAGGGAUGUCGUCGAGGCGCAUCUUAGGCCCGUGCUUAGGAUGGCGGUGGAGAGGGAGGAGGAGAAGUUGGCGGAGACUAGGAGGAGGAAUGACGUGAUGAUGAGGGAGAUUGAGGAGCAGAGGAAGGCUAUGAAGGAGUUUACGGCGAUACUGGAGGAGAGUAGGGCUGCGUUUGAACAAGCUGUUGAAGAGGUUGUCGGUGCGGCUAGGGCGAUAGAGGACGAAGAUAUGAUGGCAUAG